AUGGCUGCCCUCAGACCUCUGGUGAAGCCCAAGAUCAUUAAAAAGAGGACAAAGAAGUUCAUCUGGCACCAGUCAGACCAGUAUGUCAAAAUUAAGUGCAACUGGCAGAAACACAGAGGCAUUGAUGAUAGGAUGCACGGAAGAUUCAAGAGCCAGAUCCUGAUGCCCAACAUGGGUUAUGGGAGCAACAAGAAAACAAAACACAUGCUGCCCAGUGGCUCUCAGAAGUUUCUAGUCCAAGUCAAGGAGCUUGAGGUGCUGCUGAUGUGCAACGAAUCUUACCGUGAAGAGAUUGCUUACAAUGUCUCCUCCAAGAACCAUAAAGCCAUAGUGGAACGAGAAGCUCAGCUGGCUAUCAGAGUCACGAAUCCCAAUGCCAGGCUGCACAGCAAAGAAAAUGAAUAG